GAAAGAUUCAGCUGACCUCAAAAUGGAAUAUCUGCCAAUAAAAAAUAAGGCUGUACAAGAGACUUUCAUAUUUAACUUCACCGUUUGCAUCUCUAACCUUUUUGGCGACUACAACAAUGUACUGCAGUUUGCUCAAACGAUGGAGAUGUACAAGCUUUUGGGAGUACAGCAUGUGGUCAUCUAUAAAACUGGUUGUGGACCAGACUUGAAAAAGCUCUUAAAACAUUAUGAAACAGAGGGGAUACUGGAGAUCGUUCCAUGGCCUAUCGACCAGUUUCUGAACCCUGCAUCAGGCUGGAACAUCAAGCACCACAAGGGAGACAUUCAGUAUUAUGGUCAGUUAGUAACACUCAACGAGUGCAUUUACAGGCACAUGUACCAGUCAAAGUAUGUUCUCCUGAAUGACAUUGAUGAAAUCAUCAUGCCUUACAAACACACCAGUUUACCAUCUCUAAUGGAGGACCUCCAGUCUGCUCAUCCCAAUAUAGGGGUGUUCCUCAUAGAGAACCACAUAUUCCCUAAAACACAGUCUGAGGAGAGUGGGAAGUUCAAACGAGCAGAAUGGAAUAAUAUCCCAGGUGUCAAUAUCAUGGAGCACAUUUACAGAGAACCAAGUCGAAAAAACAUUUACAAUCCCACAAAGAUGAUUGUCAACCCAAGGAAGGUGCAGCAAACGAUUGUACAUGUGAGAGUCCCACUGCAGAGGCGUCUUACCAAAGAGCAACUCUUUGUAGACAAAAGAGUCUGGGACUUUGAGCAAGAGCUGAUACAGAACGUUGACCAGACUUUGAAACGUUCUGGUUUCCUGAAGGCUUCUAGUUGA